AUGAAUAAGAUGGAUGACAAAGAAAAAGUCAUGAUCGAUGAAAAAGAAAGAGUUUUGAUUGAAGAAGAUAAGAAAGCCAUGUUGAGUGAUGAAGAGAAAGCUAUGAUAGAAGAAGAAGAUCAAGCCUAUCUAGAUUGGUUGAUUGAAACCAUAUCUAAAGAAAAAAACAUGACGUCCCUGGGCAACGCCAUGAUGGGUACUCUGCUCGGGCACUCAGAUGCGGAGAAAAUGUUUAGACCAUGGUGGGAUUCUCUGGAAGAUUUUGUAAUCUAUGGUUUAAUCAUGCUCGGACUUAUUGUCAGUCCGACGACAAUCUUCAAUGGGACUCCACUCUUCUGCACACAGUGUACAAAGCCUGGACAGUGCGGGGAUAAUCCUAGCUCGGUCGAUGACCCUGGUUACUAUCCUUACUGGGUCAAAUCUUACUGCACAAUGACGUCAUUGACAAUAUUUACAUUAUACUUCCCAUACAUUCUCCUUCUCUCAGCUCUAGCUUUAGCUGCUAUUGAACGGUUGUUCUCCCGAAUGUUUAAAACAAAUAUUCAAAUAGAAGGAUUCUAUUCUCUACUCAAGGCUGAAGUAUCAUCAAAUAUCGAGAGUAAUGAUAUAACUGUAGAGCUAGAGAACAAUGUUCGGACUGUGGAAAUCAGAGAAUCUUUUAAGGUAUAA